UCACGUGUUUAUUAUCAUAAAAAAAUCUGUCUUAUGUCGUCGGUGAACGAAACAGUCAUUGCUUCUGUUAUUUGUAGAGUGUUUUGUAUAAUGGCAUCCCAGUUAUCCACACAGCAAGCUACAGUAAUUAGCCAGCUGCUCAGUAAAUAGACGGUUGAAGAACUUGUUUGCUGGGGUAAAGUUAGCUUGUUUAUCAUACUGUAUGUCUUUAAAACUGGUGCUAAAAUGCCAUUCUUUAGAGAAUAUACACCCACCGACCAACAACGACAUUUGAAUCACCAGUGUAGAAUUAGACGGAUCGGAAGGGGGCCAGGCGUGAAAUGAAAUGUCCUCAGAAAAACUUGAUGGCUCAAUCUUUAUAUUGCCACACCCCUGCAUUUAUUGUAUAAAUAUAUAAAAUGACAUGUUAAAUUGAACAGAAAACGGAUGACCUCCAAUUAUGGCAUUUUAGAACAUAAACAUAAUGGGCUUUGGAUGCAUAUUGACUCCAUCUAACCCACAGGAGUAAUCUCAUCAUGAGUAGAGUCUACUACAUCAUCAGUGCUGCUCUUUUUGUGUUAGAAAUUCCAGAGACCAAGGCUCUGCUAGAAAACUCCAAUGACUGUUGUGAAAGAAUAAAAAGAAUGAAUGAAACCUGUGCAAAUAUUUCACACUGCGAUCCUGGGCUCCUUCAAGUUCAGGAGAACAGUACAAUCUUUUGUGUGUCCUGUGACUCAACAGAACAGGGGAAUUCAACUUCAUUUAACAAUACAAGGACUAGUCCCUCUCCAGAAACAUUACUCACGAUUGCUGGUCCAGGUGUAGUGGCCUCUGUCCUUCUAGGAACUCUACUGAUCAGCCUGGGCCUCAUCCUCUCGGUUGCAUCAUUCUUUUACCUUAAGCGUUCCAACCGCCUCCCUGGUGUCUUCUACGGGCGCAAUAAGGCUUUUAUAUUCCAACCAAGUGAGACGGCUGUCAUGAUUCCUGAAGCUACAUCUUCAGUUCGCAAGCCAAGAUAUGUCAGGAGGGAGAGGCCUUCAGCAACAUCAGCAUCCAACAGUGUUACUGUGGCAACAGGGGCAGUAACCAAGGUAUACAAUGUGUGACCAGCCUCCAAGGGCCAUCUGUGAGCCCUCUUUCAAGACAUGAAUCUGUCCCAUAGCACUGUUUCCUUAGAGGAUUGUUAGCUUUUUUUGGUGAAACUUUCCUUAGUUAUGUAAGCUACGUGAGGAGGUGACAUAUCUUGAUGUAGGCUUUUAUCUUGGAAACCUUUUUUUUUUUUUAAGAUCUUCUUUUCAGUGAAGCCAGAUAUUUAUUUAUAUUUAUAUAUUUUCACACAAUAUGUUGUUUCUUUUCUUUUUUUCUUCUUUUUUUUAAGAGACCAGGUGUUGCACUACUAGAGUAUUUUUUAAUUGUUAAGCUAAAAUUCAGUCAAGCGAGUUGUUUUCUCAAAUGAAUUUUGUACUGUUUAUAUUUAUUACUAGUAUUUUUGUGUGAUAUUGUACUUUUGAAUCUUGUGACAUUGUAACUAGGCUCCAAAACAAGACUUCCACAGUUAGUCAUAACUGACACAACUAACUCCUCAAACCUCAUUAAAUAAUAAUAAUAAUAAAUAGACGUUAGCAAAUUUACCAUUUGGUUAAGUGUUUGGUUCAUGUAUACACACAUAUUGUAUUUCCUAUUAAUUCUGUACAGUCGCAACAAAUUCCAUUAGCACUUAUUGAUGCCAUAUACUGUACAUUUGCUGGAAAACGCCCUGUAUGAGCAUUGAAAAUACUUUUGGCUUGGGUUUCCAUGUUAACAGCAUUUUCAUGUUAUACUAACAAGUGUGCAUGAAAUGUCCAACUGUUAAUACUAGCACAUUCCUCACUAUAUUCAACAUAAAGGGUUCUGGCUUGCACCAAAGAAGAUACAUUCAAAUUUGCUGGGCCUUAAGGUUGCAAACUUGCUGUUAAGACACAAUAUAUAAUCAAAAUUGUUGCGAAAAACUAUUGCCAAACAUGAAGUUACCUAAAACAUUGAGUUCCCAUUUAUUCCUUCUUUCCACUGUAAAAGAUAAAGUGCCAUUAAGUGAAUGUGCUAAUGGAUGAAGUCACCAUUUUUGAUUUUGUACAUUUAAUACAAAAUUAGAAUGUAAAUGUAUGAAAGAACUUAUAUAUUAUCUAGUAAAUUUAUCUUGUUUUUUGGUUAAAAAAAACAAAACAAAGUGCUUGAUAUCAUUGUAGUGUCAUAAAAGAGAGUGACAGAGCAUGGCUGGAGAAGUGAGUUAUAUAUAUUUUUUUUUUUACUUUAUUUUGUAAACGUUUAUUGCAAAUAGUGGCCUUUAAAAAGCCAUAACAUCCCCUAUGCCUAUAUAUAUUUAUGAUUUUCUGUGUUGUUUUUAGUUUUUUCAUUUGUAAUAAUGGUUCUGUUUAUUUAAAAGAUUGUUUGAUUUUUCUACAUCUUUUCUACAUCAUUUUAGGAAGGGGUUUUUGAAUAUUGUUUUGUAAAAUGUAAAAUCUUCAGUAUGCUGGAUUAAGCAAAAGUAAGGAAUGUUUACUUAAGGUGAAGGUAAAUGAUGUGCUUUCAUGGGGAUACAUCAGUCAUACUGAUUCUAGAAUAUAACCACUUAAAUUCAACUUAUUUCUCAUGUCAUUUUAUUGGCUGUUGUGCAGCAACUGGAAAGCAUGUCAGUAGAUUUUGUAUAUGAAUUAUGUUUCAAUUGAUGCUGUUGAUGAACUUUUUUGUAUGUUGAUGUCCUAAUGGAGUAUUGAUCACAAAUUGAAUCAUAUUUGAUGAAGAUUUCAGUGUUUACAGAAAUAAAAGCUAUUUUGAUUUAUGAGGAAAAAAA